AUGAUUAUCCUCCUUAUUUGGUCGGCGGUCCUGAUCGCCGUGAUAACGCUGUACUUCCGAAGACUGUAUUCCUCCUUUACCCGCCAUGGCAUCAAGCACAUAAAGCCAGUCCCGAUCCUCGGCAACAUGGCGAAGGUCGUAUUACGUGCUGAGCAUGUGAGUGAUGGACUGACAAAGGUCUACAACGACUUCCCUGAGGAAAGGUUCAUCGGAAGAUACGAAUUCACCAAGGAGUUAAUUGUAGUCCGUGACCUUGAGCUGGUUAAGAAAAUAACUGUGAAAGACUUCGAGCAUUUCCUCGACCACCGCCCCUUGUUAGGCAACGGCGAAUCGUACUUCUCCAGGAAUUUAUUCUCUUUAAGGGGGCAGGAAUGGAAGGACAUGCGCUCCACGCUGAGUCCAGCAUUCACGAGCUCCAAGAUGCGUUUGAUGGUGCCUUUCAUGGUGGAGGUCGGAGACCAGAUGAUGCGGUCGCUUCAUAGAACUAUAAAGGAAUCUAAGAAUGGCUCCGUCGAUCUAGACUGCAAAGACCUAACUGCUCGCUAUGCUAACGAUGUGAUUGCCUCCUGUGCCUUUGGCCUGAAGGUAGACUCACACAAUGACAAAAACAACAACUUCUACGAACUAGGGAAAGAGGCUUCCACAUUCAAUUUCCGCCAAGUGCUCAAGGCUUUUCUAUUUGCUAACUUGCCCGAAGUAGCUAAGUUUUUAAAAUUGGAUUUCCUCUCGGAGUCAUCAAAGAACGCAUUCAAGAGACUGGUGCUGGAUACAAUGGAAAACCGAGAGUUGAAGAAUAUUAUCAGACCUGACAUGAUUCACUUGUUGAUGGAAGCCAAGAAAGGCAAAUUGACGCAUGAAGAUAUGAAGUCUAAGGAUCUAGCUGUUGGUUUUGCUACUGUUACUGAGUCAGCUGUAGGGAAGAUAAAAGUAAAUAGAGAAUGGACUGAUGAAGACCUCGUGGCUCAAGCAGUGCUGUUCUUCAUUGCCGGAUUUGAGGCCGUCUCAUCAGUAAUGUCGUUCCUACUCUACGAGCUUGCUGUGAACCCUGACGUACAGGAGCGGCUGGCGCAGGAGAUCAAGGUCACCGACGUUAAGAACGGCGGCAAGUUCGACUUCAACUCCAUACAGAAUAUGGUCUACAUGGAUAUGGUGGUGUCAGAGGUUCUCCGACUUUGGCCAACAGCUGGAGCUCUUGACAGAAUUUGUACUAAAGACUACAAUAUGGGUAAACCCAACCCGAAAGCGGAGAAAGAUUACAUUAUCCGCAAAGGAACAGGGAUGUGGAUACCAGUUUUCACCAUUCAUCGCGAUCCUGAAUACUUUCCUAAUCCUUUGAAGUUCGACCCUGAGCGGUUCUCAGAAGAAAACAGACACACUAUCAAUCCACUCGCGUACAUGCCCUUCGGUGUUGGACCUAGGAAUUGUAUUGGGUCAAGAUUUGCGCUGUGUGAAGUUAAGGUGAUGACAUACCAGAUCCUCAGAGAAAUGGAAGUAUCCCCUUGUGAGAAGACCUGCAUACCGGCGAAGUUGUGUAAUGAAACUUUUAAUCUGAGACUACGUGGAGGACACUGGCUCAAAUUCAGAACGAGGACUUAG